CGAGGAACAUCAGUUGUUGGUUUAGAUUAGACUUUAGACUUCAUUCGGUGUCUGUUCGUUAAGUUGUCAGCACUUCGCUCGGCGGCUGGCCGCGCGCCGUCCGACUUACUAGUCGUGCGCUAACAUAACACCGUAAUCAACUGUUAUCGCGAUCGCGUAUUCUACCGCAAAUACCAUAAAUUCCAUCUAAAUAUACGAAAUAAAUAUGAGACACGCUGAGUCUCGAUAAUAGCUAUCCAAAAUAACACUGAUAUUAUUUAUAAAUCUUCAAAAUGUUACUACGAUUUCAACUUUUUGGAGGUGUUUAAGAUAAAUCUCUCGUCGUCGUUACGAUCUCGGCGUUUUCGUCAGAGAGACUUUAAGCCUCGUAGUCGCUUCUAGCCGUCAAAAUUGAUAAUAAUAUGCAAAGAUGUGGGUUCUGCUCAAUGUUGUCUGGUUUGCUGAGGCGGGCGAUGUGUGUCGGUAGCAGAAGAGGGAGCAGUGAAUCGUACUAUAGAGAGCUGGGCGACCAGGACACACUGAAAAUUGAGGAUAAAUCUUCAGACUUGUCAGAUGAUGCUGAGGAAGAAACCAAAUCUGACGCACAACCGGACGAACUUGAAGAAAAGGUCCCAGACUUGAACAAUACCAAGCAGAAGAAUCUGUCUGCAGGUCGCUUCUUAACAAUGCAUAAGAGACGGAAAAAAAGAUUAAUAACGAGAUCCUUGUAUAUAGAGAAGGCCUUACUUGACGACCUAUCGCUCGGCCAGGUACAGUGUAUCCUCAACAAUUCUUACAAGUGGAAAUUCAACGCGUUCACACUGGAGAACGUUUCCGGAGGGAGAUGUUUGCCAGUGCUGUGCGUGCAUCUAUUCCAGAUGUACGGACUGUUGGCACACUUCAACCUCGACGCUGCUAAAGCAUGGAAAUUGUUUAGCCUAAUUGAAGAAGGAUACCACAGCACGAAUCCUUACCACAACUCGAUUCAUGCGGCUGACGUUACUCAAGCUAUGCAUUGCUUUUUGCAACAGAAACGGAUACGUGACCAUUUGACUCCGUUGGAAAUAAUGGGAUCAUUACUAGCGGCGAUCGCCCACGAUCUGGAUCACCCGGGAGUAAACCAGCCGUUCCUCAUUGCUACCUCGAACCAUCUCGCCACUUUGUACAAGAACACUUCGGUGUUAGAAAACCACCAUUGGCGCUCGGCGAUGAGCUGCCUCAUUGAAAGCGGCCUGUUGGACCAGCUGCCGUCCAGCUCUGGGCUGCGCGCCACGCUAGAGAAACAGAUCAGCUCCCUGAUCCUUGCCACCGACAUAACCAGACAACAAGAGUACCUGAACCACUUUAAGAACCAUCUUGAUAUGAACACGCUGGACAUGACAAAGAGUGAGCAUCGCCACUUAGUCCUCCAGAUUGCUCUGAAAUGCGCUGACAUUUCGAAUCCCUGUCGUCCGUGGGAGAUCAGCAGAAAAUGGAGCCUCAAAGUUUGUGAAGAGUUCUUCCGUCAAGGAGACUACGAGAGGAAAUUGAACCUGCCAGUGACGGCCCUAUGCGAUAGACACACCACGUCUAUCCCGAAGAUUCAGACUGGGUUUUUCAAGUUCGUGGUGACCCCCCUAAUAAGUGAGUGGCAUCGUUUUCUCCAAAACGAUUUGUCAUCGCAGAUGCUGAACAACCUACUCUAUAACCAAAAUAAGUGGGAGACACUCGUGUUAGAAGAACAAGCUCAAGAGACUCGCACUGAGAUAUCGGACGCAGACGCAGCCGACGAUGACCUGGACACCGGAUCAGAUACCAACAUGUCAGACAGCUCGGAGUUACUCCUGCCACCGCGCAGGUGCUCCCUUAAUCCCGUCAGACACAACGCGUUCAAAGAACAACUGCGGCGGUUCUCGGUUCCGCUGAACGUGUUCCAAGACAGUAAGUUCAAAAACCGGGAAAAAAGCCGCGCCUCGUCGCUGGCCGAGCCUCGCCCCCGCUGCAGCCGGAGCCCCGCGCCCAGCGAACCAUCCUUACAUUCGCAGCUCAGCGUGCGCGGCCAUUGUGAACAUCCGCAGGAACCUGCAGAGAGGGUUCUAAGCUCUGAGAAACUUCUACCGGAUUCAUCUAUAGCCUCUAUUACCACGCCUGUGCAGGCCACACGCCUCAACACAGUGCUCAAAGAAGGUGGUUCCUGGAAGUUGGUUCGCCAACAAACGUUCCCGCCCCUCGAGUCCACUUCUCGGGAAUAUUCCCUCGCGUCGCGACCUACCCACACGAGUAAUGAGGAUAGCAUAUAUAUGUCGCGAGUAAGACCAGAUUUUCUUCAAUUUGAUCAAGGACCAUCCCCGAAAGACUCAAAAGUUUAUCAAUUAGUUGUGAGAGACAUUAAAAAGACUGAUAAUGAAGAGAGUUCCGAAUCCAGUGCUGAAGCACCAGAACCUUCGCGUUUACAAAAAGAAAAUUCGGAACCUACAAAGCCAACCAAGAAAGAACCCACUACAGUGGGAAGUCAGCUACGUGAUAAUCUGGCAUCGAUGCCACUGCCACCGCUCGAGUCGGACCCGCUGCUUCAGCGGCGGAGAAAAUCGAUGCCUGCUGAUGUUUUUCCAUUUGCUCCGAAGGAAAGAAAAGUACGCGAGGCGCCUACGGUCUUUCCACAAUUCUUGCAUCGUACCUUCUCAGAGAAGGAAUCCUGGACUAGACGCCGAGGUUCAGCGCCAUCGCCCGUGGCGCCCUCGGAGCUCCGGGGGCUGGCGUCGCUCAGCUCGCCGCGGCACAGCGUGAAUGGGGGUCGCAGGAAACCGAGCCCCAUUGUAUAUCAUCACAUUGAUCCUGACGACAACACAUAAUAUUUGCUUGAGCCCAGAGGGGCUCAGUCACAAGACUCCUUCGAGGACGAUUACUCUGAAAUGUCGUUUAACAACUACGACGCUGACGAUGAAGAUUUGGAUGACGAUAGCACGUUCGACAAUGACUACACUAGCGAGUUCCAUGAAAAUUUGGUCUUCGAUCAUUCGGACGAUAAAAACGAUGUUUUAGAUAAUGAUGAUGACGACGAUGAUACUAACAUACUUAUCAACCUGCCGUUCGUAUCGCGACAUCGCGCAUCUUCUAUUUAGACGAUCUUCGCACUUCUAUUCGUUUUCCUAGCGGUUUCAAUUGUAAAUAGUUCUACCAAAAUACGUGUGGCUGCAGAGGAUUGAAUCCAUCGGUCUGUAAUCUAAAGAGAAGUGUGCAAACUUAGGAAUGUAUCGGUCACAUAGUCACACUCCUUUCCUAGUGGGUGUACCCAAAAGCGGAACCCACAGAUGGCACUAACGUAUAUUGAAUAUAAUUGUAAGCAUUGUCUAUACGCUUAGUAGUUGACUAAAACUAAACUUGAACAACUACCAAACUUGAACAUUAAGAUAUCACGAAUUAAUAUAAUGUAUAGUAUAAUCUAAGUGGUAAUAUCUUAAAAAUACUGUUUUAAAUGUUUAUAUUCUAUUGUAUGUGGAUAAGAAAUUGAGAAAUUCUCCUUCCAUUGCGCCUUUCAAUCGACAUUCAAUCAUGUAGGACUAUAUUAUUCGCGCAAUGGAAACUAAACAUUUCAUAUAGAGGUCUAAUAGCUCAAAAUAUACUGUAUUUAUAAACCGAUUAUUCUCUCACCCGUUACAUAAUUAGUUAUGAAAUAUUAUUGUCUAUAAACAUGUGAUUAAUAAAUUCAAGAGCACUUCAUCUAAGUGGUAUUUAUUUCAAGUACAUUUGGUUCAUUUUACCACCGAAAGCAGGAAAACCCAAUCAUAACUACACUACAAACAUUAUACGCAGUACAAAUAAUUUCUAUACGAUUAAUUAUAUUAUUUUUUUAAUUUACGAUUUACGAUUAAUUGUAUAAAUAUUAGAUUGAUUUUAUUAUAAUAAUAAUUGUCUCACUAGGUUAAACGUUCUUGCUUUAAGUUCUAACAGAAGUUAUGUUACGCCUAAUUUUUUUAAGUACACACAUUACGAUUAUACCAAAAAUACAAUUAUCCUAUUAAUUUGAUGAAAUGAUUGGGAAUAUAUAUGUUAUAUUUGGAUUGGAGUCUCAUUAAUAGUAACUUUUAUUAUUUCAAAAGUUAUAUAGUCAUAGAAUAUAAGUACUUAGUAGUUUGUAAGGUGGGAAGGAAAAGUGGUAGUCGCUCUUUUUGGGCGUGACACGCGCCGUAAUCGAGGGGUAGUGUGGAUAUGGAAGUUCAGUAUUAUAGGGAGACGGCGUUGGGACCGUUUCUGAUGAUCGCUCUCAUAUCAUAGUUUGUAAGCAGUCAGCUUCAGGAGACCCAGGGAAACCGUAUAGCUUGCAGAACAGCAGUAAACUUUGUAGUUAUAAUAAUUAUUACAAUGUGCAAAAUUAAUUUUUGAAUAUUACAUUUUCAAUGUAUAUGAUCAUCAGAAACGGGACGUAGUAUGGACAAUUCGUGAAAUAUUUUACUAUAAAAGUAUUCAAUAUUUUUGUUGUACGUUGAUUUGUAUAUUAUGUUUCUUUUUAAAGAUAUUAUUGUUAAGUCAGUUUUAGGAUAAAUUCGAUGAUGAAUUUUAUUUGUUCGGCUUUACUUUUAGAAAAUAUAUUUUAAUGAAUAGUUUUAUUUGUUCCAAAGAUCUUUCAUGGUUGUCCACGUCUGAAUUGGCACAGCUGCGUGCGCUGUCACCAAGGGCCUGUAGACUAGCAAUGCAGAAUUAUCUUGCAAAAUGUUUCUUGACGAACCUAUUUCAAUUUAUUAAUAUAUAUUGAUGUGUUUAUGUAGCGGUAUGCCCGUACAGCAUUUGGUUACUAGAGGUCGUGUUAUAUGCCUGAUUUUAUUGUGUUUUAUUUUUAUCUCUAAGGUUGAACAGGCACUUAGAAGCUUACACUUGAAAUGAACAAAAAAGCACCGCUAACUCGCUGUAAGAUUUUCCACACUUAAAAAACUAAGGUAUAUCGUUCUCAGUGGUGUUAAAUUUACGAUUAGAGGUCAGCUCACGAAUGAUAAUUUUGUUUAAUCUUUCUUGAAUAUCCCCUGGAUGAUUCGUGACGUAUUUUUACUGUGCACGAUGAUAUAUAACACAACUUAGGUAAUGUUCCCUAUAUCUCUAUGGUAGGCCUCUAGUAUACAAAGGCGUUGUAAAUGUUAAAGGACAGUGUUACGCUAAAUUUUAAUAUGUUAUGUGUUUCAUCUCCAUACUCAUGGAAUAUACAUUCUGCACGCAAGGUGGGGAAGCCAGGAUCCAUCUAGAAAAUGACGAAAUGGCAAAGCGACACUAAAAAUAAUCAAUGAAUGUGUAGUGACCAUAUGAGACCCUAGAUCUCUCUACAAAUAAUAUAUAAUCCUUUCGUCAUUUCAUGUAAAUGUUAGAUAUUAAGAUGUGUUAGCAUUAAUGAACUAGUUGAUCUUAUUUCGUUCGAUAGUUUACUGCCACGCCCGCUGUGACACGUAUCUAUAAUAAUGUAUAAUGGAUCAUAAUUAUGCAGAGUACCUACACACAUAAGUACAACAAUGGUAGUAAAACUUUUUAUAAAAAUCAUGACACGUUAAAUAUGUAAAUAUGUAACUAGGUAGUAUUGGUAAUGAUUGGCUGCCCUCGUCGCCCAUAGCCCGGGCGGCAACACGGCGCAUUCUUCAAAUAGUUCCACGAUUCUUAAAUUAAGUAGUAUUUAGAAAAUGUCCGUAGCGUGUCGUCAGCGGGACAUGUUUCUGAUCUUAUUUCUCAAUGUCUAUGUACCUAAACUAUUUGUAAAUGGAUUGGAAAAUAUGUGCUCAAUAAUAACUUCACUAGUAUUAUUCUGGGGGGACUUUUCCUUCGAACUUUUGAAUGCACAACACUAUGUAAUAAAGUAUACAUAAUAAUAUAUAUAUUGCCUCAUGAGUCUGCUGUGUAAGCGGCGGUUGGUGACUUGUAACUAGUCUUGUAUUUCUCGUUGACACGGGGCGAAGUGUCGCCUGCAUAAUAUAUGUAUAGUAGUGGCCCGCUCGAGGUCUGCCGCAGCGCCUGGCGAGGGCAAUCUCUUGUCCGAUUAGUGUAAGAGCCUCGGGCCUAUCUCUCACUGUUGUCUCACUGACCUCGUACGUAUAUUUGAUGUUUAGAUAAUUUUAAAGAAUUGUAUCGUGUUAUGCGGCCGCGGCUAUGAUGUCACAAGUUCUUAGUUAAUGGUGUUUUAAAAUUAACUGAUGUAUGUAGUAUGUAACAUAGGUGAAUGCCUGUUUCCCCUUAAGGCAUGGUGUCGUGGUCCUGCUUUACCCGAACCUCGACAUGUUUAUAGUUCAACCACAGAAAUAGGCUAACCACCUUUAAAAGUUAUC